AUGUCAUCUUUCCAAGCAUCCAAAAUUCUCGUGAUUGGUGGGACAGGAGCCCAAGGCAUACCGGUUGUCCAAGAGCUCGUAAAAGACCGAAAAUACCAAGUUCGUAUCAUGACUCGAGAUCCGAAUAGUCGGCGAGCAAAAGAACUGGCCGCAUUGCCUGGAGUAGAGCUGUUCCAAGGAACAUUUUCUAGUGAAGACAAUCUGACGAAGGGAUUCACAGGUUGUGAUGGUGCUUUUGUGAACAUCGAUGGUUUCAAUUGCGGUGAAAAAGCGGAGAUGUUCUGGGGUCUACGCGCAUAUGAGAUAGCAAUCUCUAUCGGUUUGAAAUUCUACGUAUGGGGCAACUUAGACUAUGGGCUCAGGAAAGGUAACUGGGAUCCCAAAUUCCGAUGCGGACAUUAUGAUGGUAAAGGGCGGGUGGGUGAAUGGAUUUUACAGCAUGGCACUCCCCAGAUGGGGGUGGCCCUCUUCACUACUGGUCCGUAUAUCGAUAUGGCGCUCUCGCCUCUAACAAUCAUGACCCCUCGGAUUAUUGAUGGUGUUGUGACCUGGUCGGUCCCAUUAGGAGACGGAGAAGUCGCUCACGUGGCUCUCUCAGAUUGUGGCAUCUAUGUACGCUGGCUGUUCGACAACCCUGAUAGAGCCAAUGGCCUAGAUCUUGAAGUGGCUAUCGCCCACAUCUCGUAUUCUGAAAUGGCUUCCAGUUUCACGAAGGUUACAGGGAGACCUGCACGAUACGUCGAUGUAUCAUUUUCGGAAUAUUUCCAGAAAUUCACUGGACGUGAGUCCAUAAAAAAUCGGCCGUCUUCUUACAACGCUGACCCCGCCGAUCCUGCCACGCUAAGCUUUGAAAAGAAUUUCACAGGUUUCUGGAACUUGUGGCGAGCGAGCAAAGGGAACAAGGGAGUCAUGCAGAGAAAUUACGAAUUGCUUGAUGAGAUCCAUCCUAACCGAAUUCGGAGUGCUGAAGAAUGGUUCCGGAAAGAGGCUGAGAAGGGUGACUUGUGGGAGCGAGUGAAUAAUAUGGUUCCAAUCCUCAAGUGGAGUGAGGAUGGUGCACAAGGCAGAAUAUGA